GAUAAAAAGAAGCAGAUCAGCUACUCUUUGCAUUACCGAUCCUGUCAGUGGGUGUAGCUGCUGUACAGAAGCUGUUGGAUGACCAUGAAGCUCUGGAUAAUUACGUUAAGUUUGAUGGGGGUUACUUGUGAUGUACUACAGUUUGAACCAUCUUUUCCUUCGGCCAUUGGUUCUUGUAAGAUGCUGUGUUCUUGUGAAGAAAAGGAUGGUACCUUUAUUAUAAACUGUGAAGAAAGGGGCAUCAAGGAGGUGUCUCAAGUACAUGUUCCACCAUCCCGGCCUUUCCACCUAAGUCUUCUAAACAACAGUUUGACCAUGUUACAUAUGAAUGAUUUCUCCACCUUUAUCAAUGCUCUCUCUCUCCACCUUGGAUUUAACUAUAUUGUAGAUAUUGAACCAGGAGCAUUUAAUGGGCUAAGUCUCCUGAAGCAGCUGCAUAUCAAUCACAACUCCUUAGAAAUACUUAAAGAGGACACAUUUCAUGGGCUGGAGAACUUGGAAUUCCUUCAAGCAGACAACAAUUUCAUCACUAUAAUUGACUCAAGUGCCUUCAGCAAACUCAACAGGCUUAAGGUGCUCAUUUUAAAUGAUAAUGCCAUUGAGUCCCUUCCUCCCAAUGUAUUCCGCUUUGUGCCAUUAACUCAUUUGGAUCUUCGUGGAAAUCAGCUGCAAACUCUACCUUAUGUUGGCUUUUUAGAGCAUAUUGGUAGAAUUCUAGACCUUCAACUGGAAGAUAACAAAUGGCUCUGUAAUUGUGACCUACUGGAGUUGAAGAGUUGGUUAGAAAAUAUGCCUCCCCAGUCUAUAAUUGGUGAUGUAGUAUGCCAUGGCCCUCCCAUGUUGAAAGGCAACAUUUUAAGCAGAUUAAAAAAGGAAUCACUCUGCCCCACUCACCCUACAAAUGACCUUGAUUCCCCAUCAGGGUCAUUGCCAUUGGUGGUCACUACAUCAGUGAGUAGUAGUCACUAUUCAACCAAGGUGAUACCUAUAUUUAAAGCUCCUACCAAGGAAUCUAGUUUAAUUCUUCAUGUAACCAAACCGGCUACUCUACUUCCUGGAAUAUAUUGUCCUGUUCCCUGCCAGUGUACUACUCUUAUCAUAUCAGGUAUUUUGAUGCAAUGCAUGGAACAAAACAUUGAGAGCCUUUCAGAUUUAGGGCCUCCCCCUCCAAAUCCCAGAAAGCUUAUUCUGGCAGGAAAUAUAAUUCAGACAUUGAUGAAAUCAGAUCUUGUGGACUAUGGUACUCUGGAAAUGCUUCACUUGGGAAACAAUCGUAUUGAAGUCCUAGAAGAAGGAUCUUUUAUAAAUCUUACCAGAUUGCAGAAAUUAUAUCUCAAUGGCAAUCAUAUCACCAAGCUGAAUCGCAAUUUGUUUUUAGGCCUACAUCAUCUUGAAUAUUUGUAUCUUGAAUAUAAUGCCAUCAAGGAGGUCUUACCAGGAACAUUUAGUCCAAUGCCUAAACUCAAAGUCCUCUUCUUAAAUAACAACUUUCUUCAGACUUUGCCACCCCAUAUUUUUUCUGGAGUUCCUCUAGCCAGGCUUAAUCUGAAAGCCAACCAAUUUUCACAUUUACCCAUAGGGAAUGUCUUAGAUGAUCUGGAUCUACUGAUACAAAUUGAGCUGGAAGACAACCCUUGGGAUUGUACUUGUGACUCAGUUGGGCUGCAACAAUGGAUACAAAAGCUGAAUAGAAAUGCAAUGACAGGUGAAAUUUUAUGUACUUCUCCAAGGCAGUUAGCUAAAAAGGAACUGAGAACUCUGAGUAGUGACAUGUUGUGUCCGGGCUUAAUAAACAGCCCUGCCCUCCCAACUCAUGCCAGCUUCAUGAUAGUCACAACAUCACCCACCACUGCCAGCACAGCAGACACCAUUCUGCGAUCACUCACCGAUGCGAUCCCUCUUUCUGUUUUAAUUCUGGGGCUUUUGAUUGUGCUUAUAAUUAUCAUUUUUUGUGCAGCUGGCAUUGUUGUCCUUGUUCUGCAUCGAAGGAGAAGAUACAGAAAGAAGCAGGCAGAUGAACAGAUGCGGGACAACAGUCCAGUGCAGCUUCAGUACAGCAUGUAUGGUCACAAAACAACACACCACACCACAGAGCACCCAGCUCUCUCCUUGUAUGAACAGCGUAUGAUCACCCCCAUGGUUCAAGUGUAUCGAAGUCCAUCUUUCAGCCCCAAAUUUUCAGACCAUCAAGAGGAGAGAAACAAGGAUGGAAAUGAUUCCAAACAUCUUCACAAAAGUCUCUUAGAAAGGGAACAUUCCUCCCCUCUGACAGGGUCAAAUGUCAAAUACAAAGCCACAGACCAAUCAGCAGAGUUCCUUUCCUUUCAGGAUGCAAGCUCUUUGUACAGGAACAUUCUUGAGAAAGAAAGAGAGCUUCAGCAACUAGGGAUAACUGAGUAUCUACGGAAAAACAUUGCCCAGCUACAUCCUGAUAUGGAUGUACAUUAUCCAGGAGCUCAUGAAGAGCUAAAGCUGAUGGAGACACUCAUGUACUCCAGACCAAGAAAGGUUUUAUUAGAACAAACUAAAAAUGAAUAUUUUGAGCUUAAAGCCAACCUGCAUGCAGAACCUGAUUACCUGGAGGUCUUGGAACAGCAAACAUAA